AUGAAUCCCAAACUACUGAUUAUCUCACUUCUUGGCUUGGCCUGCACGAUAAAUGGCCAAGGUACAGAUAGUACAAACCCCAUUGCUAAUGUACCAGCACCCUCAAAGCAACUUACUAUAUUUGAUCUACCGUCGCCUCAAGAAAUAGAAGCAGAUCAUGAUCAGAUUGCCGCUCUAAAAAGAGCAUCUGUAAAGUCAACCCAAGAUAAACAAGCUGCUAUACAAAGUCAACUGGCGGAAGAAUCGGCAAGAAACAUGGAAAUGGAAAAAGAGAUGGCAAAUCAAGCGAUGAGAAGGAGAAUAGAAAACAAUGCAAGACUGGAGGCACAAAUGCUAGAUAAUGAAAUAGGUAACGAAGCCGAUGCGAGGGCGGUAUGGGAAAACUUUCCCCCGCCGCCAGAAGCUGGAUCGACUAAGAAAUUACCAACCGGAUUGCCAAGGCCCACUGACAUGGGUGCUUUCAUCUCAAGAUCUAGUGGAACUCAGGCGGAUGGACAGAUAUCCGUGGGGAAUCUACAGGCAAUUUAUGACGAUGAAUUGAGAACAUUAAUGAGAGACUACAAUAUCUCAGCAGAAGAAAUCAAACAGAUUCUUGAACGGUAUGCACAGGGCGGAGCUGCAACAAUAACUAAAGAAAGGACUGAAAAUGGACUCCAGGAGAUUGCUAUGUUAGACCUCGAAAGCUUUAUAUCCCAAAGAACAGGUGCUUCAAUAACCUCUGUAUCGCCAAAAUCUGACCGUCUUCCGGGUGGAGUGAGUCAAGUUGAUUUCACAUCUCCACCUGUGGAUGCGAUUCAGGACUUUCUAUCAGCAGAAAAAUAUCUACAGGAACAGAUCAAAGAACUAGACGCGCAAUUCGAUGCCCUAAACACAGCCUACCAACAGGGCACUUUAACCAGACUAACCAGAAAUGAAAACGCAAUUAUAAACAGGGAGAGGAGGAGAAGAUUCAUAACUGACUUGCGAGCCAUACAGAUGGAAAUAAAAAGUAGGCCAGGCGGUGAAAAAAUGGAACCAGAAAUCCCUCUGAAAAACAGAGUAGACGAUGGAGAAUUCUUUAGAAAUGAUCCACCAGAGCCAACGGCAUUUAAAAACAUACCUCCAGAAGUUACAAGAAGAGGUGGAAGGAUUCAAAGUCCUACCCUUCGUGAGUUAGAGUUACAAAUUCAAACAUUAGAGGAGAGGCUUCAAAGAAAGGCACAAGAACGAGGACUUGGUCGUUCUGGUCUUGGAUUUAAUCCAGGCAGGAUUGGUAAUCUAAACGGACCGCUACCUCCUCGUGGGCAAUCUCCUCCGCCUACUGGUAGACCACGUCGCUUCAUGACUCCAGAGCAGCGUGCAGCACUAAGACGAGAGCUUCUAAACAUUCGUCGACGGGAGCAGUUAAUUUUUCAGCGACUCAGUCAGCUUAGGAAUAGAAAUUCCCGGCUGAUGUUACCAAAUGUAAGAGACCCCUUUAGACAACAACUAAGGCAGCGCGUAAGUUUCUCUAAUGGAAACCGACCCCAAUUAACAAGAACCUUGAGCGGGAGUGUAACUGGACAAGGUGUGCUAAGAAGACGCACAAUAUAAAAAGCUUUUUUUAACAUCCGGGAUAAAGAAAAUCAAACUACUGCAAAACGUUUUAUCAAAUCCUUUUUAUGCUCUGUAUGUGUAUUAUAUGCGCCAUCUAUAGAAGCAAAUAAAG